ACUUCAUCAUACAAACAACUCUGCAAGCAACACACAAUAGGAUUCUGAAAGCUCUGUUUUUUCUUCUACUGCGUUAGAAUUAUCUUAAUGGCCACAAAAGAAGGCAAAGCUAUAGGUAUAGACCUAGGCACCACCUACAGCUGCGUGGGCGUGUGGCAAAACGACCGCGUAGAGAUCAUUCCCAACGAUCAAGGCAACAGAACCACCCCCUCCUACGUAGCCUUCACCGACACAGAGAGGCUAAUCGGAGAUGCAGCAAAGAACCAAGUAGCCAUGAACCCCCGGAACACCGUCUUCGACGCCAAGCGUUUAAUCGGUCGAAGAUACUCCGAUGCGUCGGUUCAAAACGACAUGAAGCUGUGGCCGUUUAAGGUGAUCGCUGGCCCAGGCGACAAGCCCAUGAUCGUGGUAACUUACAAAGGCGAAGAGAAGACGUUUGCGGCGGAAGAGAUAUCUUCGAUGGUUUUGAUAAAGAUGAGGGAGGUAGCAGAGGCGUUUCUGGGUCACGCCGUUAAAAACGCGGUGAUAACGGUUCCUGCUUAUUUCAACGACUCGCAGAGACAAGCAACGAAAGAUGCAGGUGCUAUUUCUGGUUUGAACGUGUUGAGAAUCAUCAACGAGCCUACCGCUGCGGCUAUUGCUUAUGGGUUGGACAAGAAAGCUUCGAGAAAAGGUGAACAGAACGUGCUUAUCUUCGAUUUGGGUGGUGGAACUUUCGAUGUUUCUCUGUUAACCAUCGAAGAGGGGAUUUUCGAGGUGAAAGCCACUGCGGGUGAUACGCAUCUCGGUGGUGAAGAUUUUGAUAACAGAAUGGUGAAUCACUUUGUGUCUGAGUUCAGGAGGAAGAACAAGAAGGACAUUAGUGGGAAUGCAAGAGCUUUGAGGAGGUUGAGAACAGCGUGUGAGAGGGCUAAGAGGACGUUGUCUUCGACUGCACAGACAACGAUUGAGAUUGAUUCGUUGUACGAAGGGAUUGAUUUCUAUGCCACGAUUACGAGGGCGAGGUUUGAGGAGUUGAACAUGGAUUUGUUCAGGAAGUGCAUGGAGCCUGUGGAAAAGUGUCUCCGAGAUGCCAAGAUUGACAAGAGUCACGUUCACGAGGUGGUUCUUGUUGGUGGGUCCACUAGGAUCCCCAAGGUUCAGCAACUCUUGCAGGAUUUCUUCAAUGGGAAAGAGCUUUGCAAGAGUAUUAACCCUGAUGAAGCUGUUGCGUAUGGUGCAGCAGUGCAAGCAGCUAUUUUGAGUGGUGAAGGAGAUGAGAAGGUUCAGGAUUUGUUGUUGUUGGAUGUGACGCCUCUUAGUCUUGGGCUGGAAACUGCUGGUGGGGUUAUGACAGUGUUGAUUCCAAGGAACACUACGAUUCCCACCAAGAAAGAGCAAAUUUUCUCUACCUAUUCGGAUAACCAACCUGGGGUUUUGAUUCAGGUGUAUGAAGGAGAGAGAGCAAGAACAAAGGAUAACAAUCUUCUAGGAAAGUUUGAGCUUACUGGAAUCCCUCCUGCUCCAAGAGGAGUGCCUCAGAUCAAUGUUUGUUUUGAUAUUGAUGCUAAUGGGAUUUUGAAUGUGUCCGCUGAGGAUAAAACUGCCGGGGUGAAGAACAAGAUAACGAUUACGAAUGAUAAGGGGAGGUUGAGCAAGGAGGAGAUUGAGAAGAUGGUGAAGGAUGCAGAGAGGUAUAAGGCAGAGGAUGAGGAGGUGAAGAAGAAAGUGGAGGCGAAGAACUCGCUUGAGAAUUACGCGUACAACAUGAGGAACACUAUAAGGGAUGAGAAGAUUGGAGGAAAGUUGAGUCCAGAGGAAAAGCAGAAGAUUGAGAAGGCAGUGGAAGAUGCUAUACAGUGGUUGGAGGGGAACCAGUUGGCUGAAGUGGAUGAGUUUGAGGAUAAGCAGAAGGAGUUGGAAGGGAUUUGCAAUCCCAUCAUUGCUAAGAUGUAUCAAGGUGGCGGUGCUGGGGGUGAUGUGCCUAUGGGUGAUGACAUGCCUGGUGAUGGCUCUGCCUCUGGUUCUGGUGCUGGUUCUGGUGCUGGACCUAAGAUUGAAGAGGUUGAUUGAGCAUGCUGAUUUUGACUUACUAUAAGGCCUAGGUUGUAGUUAUUAUGUAUGUAUGUACUCUGCUGGUUUUCUUAUCUGUUUAUCCAGUGAUGUGAGGCUUCGUGAAUCAUGAAUAAAGUCUUUCUCUUAAGCUAAACUGAGAUUAUUUAAUAUAGUUCGGCCAU